UUUGUUUGUGCUUUUAAAAUGUUCAAGCAAUGAAUGAAUGUGUUUAUUCGGUCAAUGACCAGCAAAAUUCAAGCAAUGUUUUUUGCAUAUUUUGCUUUAAAAAUGCAGUUUAUGUGCACCUUAACUUAAUAUGCAUUUUUUGUGUAUUUUCUUUUCUUGAAAUAUUGCAAAACCCUCAAAAACAUGGUCUGUGGUAUGUGACUCAAAGGCUUGGGAGAUUCAGAUUGGGUAAAUCUAUUUGGGUAAAUCUGUUUCUUAAAACUUAACAUAAUGCCAAUCUUCCUUCUAAGCAAGUAUGAAAGAAUUUACAACCAGAAGCAACCCACCUAGUUUCCUCUCUGCUUUGGAUUCAUUUAUAUAUACUUUGUAUGUACUCUAUCUGUAUGAUUUAAUAACAUGCCUGUAUUCUCAUGAUAGAUUCCACAAAAAUGAUUAUCGCUGUGGCUGACUUUAUGUUCCAUUUAUUUUAAUGAACUGGAAACAGAUGCUCAAGUUGGCUGACAUAUUUAAUGCCCCAAGUGAUGAUGAAGACUUUUUUGGUUUUGGACCUGAUGUUCCCAUGGAAACAGGAUCACCAGAGGACAGCUGUGAAAGUUUUGAUUCACUGGAGGCCAGGAAAAUGCCCAGACACCUGACUCAGGAACUGAGAGAGGUUUUCACAGAAGACACAGCUUCAGAAAAUGAAGAGUUUGAAGGAUUUUCUUCAAAUGAGCAUGACAUCAAUGACAAGAAAGAUGUGGAGGUGUGGGCCUCAUAUUUGUUGCAUUUAACUUUUUAUAACUGUCCAUUUCAUGCAUCUUCAGGGUUGGAGGAAGAUGCUAAAGAAGCACCAGAGGAUAACUCUAGUGCCCUGCUGAAAAGAGCCAUGAAUAUCAAAGAAAAUAAAGCCAUGCUUGCCCAGUUAUUAGCAGAACUGAAUUCUCUACCUGACCUGUUUCCAGUUAAAACCUCUACCUCAACCCCUAAACAGAAGAAACCCCCAAGGAAAAAGUUUUCUGAAGGCCAGAUAGAGCGCCGUACAAACCCAACAAGGAAUGCUCGCCCACCAGAGAAAUUUGCCUUGGAAAACUUCACUGCAACUGCACUUAGAUUUGCAGAACAGCUUCACAAUUACAGACAACAGAACCUCCUGAAGAAAAAACUGAAAGGGGGUAGUUUGGAAGUACCCAAAAGAAGAAGAUUAUCAAAAUAUGGUUCAUGCCGACCAGUUGAAGACAUAACGGAUGAAGAUUUAGACAAUGUUGCAAUAACAGUUAAAGAUAAGAUCUAUGAUAAAGUUCUGGGAAGUACAUGCCAUCAGUGUCGGCAGAAGACAAUUGACACAAAGACAAUUUGUCGUAAUGAAGGCUGUGGGGGUGUGAGAGGACAGUUUUGUGGGCCAUGCCUUCGUAAUCGCUAUGGAGAGGAUGUGAAAUCAGCACUUCUAGACCCAGAUUGGUUCUGUCCUCCUUGCCGUGGGAUCUGUAAUUGUAGCUACUGUCGUAAGCGUGACGGUCGUUGUGCCACAGGAAUGCUAAUCCACUUGGCAAAGUUUUACGGUCAUGACAAUGUAAAAGAAUAUCUUGAAAGCUUGCAAAAGCAACUUGCUGAAGACAACUGAAAAAAAAAUCUGUGGCUUUACAAAGAUAUAACUUUGUCAACUCAAAAAGAAGAGUUGAGGUUAAAACCUUUUUGAAAAUAAUUUUAUCAUGGUUGUUUUUUGUAUUAAAAAGAUUUCUCAGGAAAACAGCUGUCAAAGGAAUCUGCGUAUUCUGUGUUCUUUGCCACCAUAUACUGGGAAUGUCUUCUGUGAAAUUCGUACAGAAAUAAUCAGAGACUAAAACAACUUCCAUUUCUUUCAGUGGGCUUCCAUAGGAGAAAUGUGUAUCAAUGUACUAUUAGGAACAGACAUCAGUUGGUGUGAUUAAUAUUUAACAGAUCUCAAAUACUGUCAGUUACACCCAAGUGCUUUAGAGCCAUUUUAAGUUCUUCUCAUAGAUGUUAGAAAUGUAAUACCGGGAAAGUGUUUCAAUACUCCCAGUUCCUAUCAUUUAUAUUCAAUACUUAACUGCAACAGAUUUGUCCUUGGUAGCUUGGUUAAGAUAUAUCCACCCCCAGAUUACACCAGGAUUUCUAAAAUGUUUUGAACUGGGCAGGGGUUCCAAAUAUUUGCCAUUCCCUUAGCCGUAACCCCAGUGUUCUGUUCCUUAGUAAAGAAAUACAGAUUUUCUGAGCAGUUCCUUUCCAUUUCAUGUAAGCUGAACUGUGUAACAGUUUUUUUAUUCCAUAUACAAUUAACCGGUGUACUGCUGAAAUUCACCCAUAAUGCUUCUUGUACAGUCAGCCCUCCUUAUCCACAGAUUUUUUUACCCAUGGAUUCAAGCAUCCCAGGCUUGAAAACACUUUAAAAAUAUACAAAUUCCCAUAGGUGAACCUUGAUUUUGCCCUUUUAUAUAAG